AGGUUGUGAUUUGGGAUAUAAGUGGCAAAUUACGAUUGAAGUGUAUCCACACGAUGCCAAGUAGCUCUGUAUUACGAAUCACAGCUACCUGAAAUUUUUGUUCCUUUUAGGUGGUAUGGAUAUGAUCAAUUCAUCUUUGUAUCACUAGAAUGCUAAAGUGGGAAUGAAGACAUAAACACCUGUUAUGUCUCUUUUCAUCUUUGAAACUGUCACUCCCUCGUACUCAUCAUCUAACACUAAAAGACUAAACUGAAACCGCAUAUAUAUCUUCUUUUGCAUGCAUGAAAAGACUACCUAAAGCUCAACAACUAUCACUUCUACACCUACUAAUGGCUCCUCCAUCAUCACAUCAUUACUUUCUUCUGUUCAUCAUCUUUGUAUCUGUGAUCUCUCACUUACCAUGCGAAGCCCAACAAAGACCAAGUGACUUCAAAGCUAACGCACUCGUCUUACCAAUCCAUAGAGAUAAUGCUACUAAUCUCUAUGUCGCAAAAAUCUAUAAGAGAACUCCGUUAACACCCCUGCCAUUUGUUAUCGAUCUAAACGGACGUUUCUUGUGGGUUACUUGUGAUCAUGAGUAUUUAUCGUCGACAUACCAUGCUCCUCCUUGUCACUCAUCUCGAUGCUCCAUCGCCAAUAUCCACUGGUGUCGCACGUGUAGCGGGUCUCCGUCAAGACCAGGAUGUCAUAACAACACAUGCGGGCUAGUUUCAUUUAAUCCAGUCACUCAUAGAAGUGGACCUGGAGAACUUGGAGAAGAUGUACUCUCAAUUCAAUCUACAGACGGUUCGAAACCAGGUCCAGUUCUCACCAUUCCUCGUUUUCUCUUUGCUUGCGCACCAUCCUUCUUGGUACAAGGGGGAGCACUGCCAACGGGUGUUCAAGGAAUAGCUGGACUCGGGCAAACCCAGAUUGCAUUACCAACCCAACUAACUUCACACUUCGGGUUUCAACAUAAGUUUGCUAUGUGCCUUGGUGAAUCAGGUGUUUUAUUCUUUGGCGGCGGUCCAUAUAUGAUGCGGCCUGGAAUCGAUAUCUCACAAUCACUCAGUUAUACCCCACUAAUCAUCAGUAGACAAGGAGAGUAUUACAUAGGAGUAAGAUCCAUUAAGAUCAAUAAUAAGCUUGUUCCAGUGAAUACUUCCCUGUUGUCUAUGGAUUCACAUGGUUUUGGAGGGACCAAGAUCAGUACAGUAGUACAAUACACUAUUUUAGAAACUUCAAUAUACAAAGCUGUUGCGCAGUUCUUUGCUAAUGAAACUUCAACCAUUCCGAGAGUGGAUCCAGUUGCACCAUUUGGAUUAUGUUUUAACUCGACAAGUCUGGGAAGUACUCGAGUUGGACCCGGUGUACCCAAUAUCGACUUAGUUUUGCAUAUGGAUAGGGUCAUUUGGAGGAUAGUUGGAUCAAACUCAAUGGUACAGGUAAAAGAGAACGUGUCGUGUUUAGCUUUUGUGGAUGGUGGCCAUGCUGGAGUUCGAACUACUACUAGAUCUUCAAUCGUUAUCGGAGCUCAUCAACUUGAAGAUAACUUACUUCAGUUUGAUCUUACUACUUCUAGACUAGGGUUUAGUUCUUCCUUGCUCUAUCGCCGUACUACCUGUAGUAAUUUCAAUUUUGGAUCGAGUCCUUAAAAGUGGUCUAUAAAAUGUAACUCCAUAAAUAAUCGAUCUACUUUGAAAAGCAACGUCGAUGUUAGUUAGUUUAGUCGUCUUUCAAUAAAAUAACAAUGUUUUGGCCACGGCUAGCGACCCUGACUUCGAGCAUGUCGUCUUAAACUCUUAUAUGUAAAUGAUAGACAGGUUGAAUCGAAAAAAUAACUGCUAAAGAAUGUACGCAGUCGUUAAUAAUAUUGAUU